AUGGAUUCGCGCAUUUCCAACUCUCUCGCCGCCAUUAGGAAGAAAUCUAGAUCGUUUUUUCAGCCUUCUCAGCCACGAGCUGAAACUCAACCACGAGCUGAACCAAGCAAGCAGGAUCCAGAAUUUUUGUGCAAGCAGUGCAAAGCUCUACGAUUGAAUCACUGGCUUGCACCGCGAAGCAUGAGAUUUUUAUACAUGCUUCCAGAUGAAUUCAGAUUCGAACCCCCGCUCAUUGUGUCGCCAUCUUCUCACUGUGCAAUGUGCAGGCUGCUUGCUCACAGCCUUGGCCAAACCGGAACUGUUUCCAAACUCCACUUCCAAGAUCACGGCGAUACCGAAACAUUCGAAGGGCAUGACACGCAAUCUAUCAGUAUGCGCGUCAGUAGAGGCCCGAGUCAGGAUAUGGGGCUCCGUAUUAUAUCUCUAGGAGAGUCUGCUUUUCGACUUAGCAGCCGUCGCUACAGUUAUGCCCGUAUUGUUGAGCCAGAAGCAGCAAGUAGGAAACUGAUGCAGGAAUGGCUCAAAACUUGCGAACAUUCUCAUAGUCGUUGCAAGGAGCUGGAGCAAAAAUUUCGACAUCUGCCAAUACGAUGUGCCUACUUGGUUGAUGUUAAAGAGAUGCGUGUUCGCCCCGUUGGUGACGGACCUCGAAGAUAUUUUGCUCUUAGCUAUGUAUGGGGCCAGGUUGCAAACCUUCAAUUAUUAAAAGAAAAUAUUGCUGAGCUCAGCGAGCCCCAAUCCUUACGCCGUCGAUUCGAAUCACUCCCCCGCGUUAUUCAAGAUGCAAUUACUAUUACUCAAGAGCUUGGAGAAACCUUUCUAUGGAUCGACUCAUUGUGCAUAUGCCAAGAUGAUUCAAUCAACAAGCAUUUGCAAAUAGCAAACAUGAACCACAUUUAUCAAAGUGCCGUGGCAACACUUGUAGCUCUUCAUGCUAAGGACGCAGCCAGCGGUCUUGCCGGCGUUCGACCAUACCACAAACCCCGAAAACAACAUAUCGAACGCGUUCACCAUAUGGAAAUGACUACUUUGCUGCCAGACUUGCACAGCCGUCAGAGCGUAUAUUCAACCAGAGCAUGGACCUAUCAAGAAGAGCACUUCUCGCGCAGACUCUUAUAUUUUUCCGACGACCAGGUACACUUUCGUUGCCUCAAAUCAACAUAUAGUGAAGACACCUAUGAAGAUGGCCCAGGGUUCCCUUACGGCAGAACUGGCCAACUCUAUGGCCUUUAUCCGUACACAGAAUUUAGCUGGUGGCAAAAGACAGUUGCUGAAUACUCAACCCGGGAUUACUCUUUUGUGGAAGAUCGAUAUAACGCUUUCGAAGGUAUCUCCAACGAACUUGCUAAGAGUUGGAAUUAUCCCUGUAUCAGAGGACUACCCAUUCGUGACAUUGCUGCUGCUAUUUGUUGGGAGCACAAGUUUCAAAGCAGUCACGAAGUCUCGAAUAGGAUUUCUCUUCAUCCAAGCUGGAGUUGGUGCGGCUGGACAAAUAGUAUUGGCUUUUCCAACCAUGUUGCACGAUCAAAGAUCAGUAUUGAGUUGUUAGAGGACUUUCACUUCCUCGACCAGGCUCAGUUAGUUGCAGGCAGAGUAAAAUCGUCCAUGACAUCACAUGAAAUGCAAACACCAUGCACUUCAAAAGAUUCCAAUCCACCUGGGUUAUCGUUCCCUGAAUCACCACCCCAACCUCUCGUCCUUGAAUUUUUCGCAUAUUCGGCCCUAAUGGAGGCGUCAGUCAUCAGCGAUGGCUUCCGGUCACAGUGCUCUAUUGAGCAGCCCUCUUUAACGGCAUCCGGCUUCGUACCAAUUCCUCAUGCAUGGGAGGGACCAGCAAAGCACUACAAUGACACAACGACUAAAAUUGAAUGUAUUAUGGUGGCUAGUUCUUCCGGUCAGUCUUCAUCCACGCUCUCAGCGCUUAAUCGAGAUGACAUGGCUCAUAUCAUGUUAAUUGAGCACAAAGGAGAGUAUUGCGAGCGCGUAGGGGUCGGGAAGAUUAGCAAGCGUUGCUUUUGGAGCUUUCAUCCUAUUUCACGACUUAUUAAACUUAAUUAA